CCCGGUGGAUGGAUUCCAGGAGAGACAAUCGAUGGAGGACGAUUCAUUUAUCAUUCGCGCGAAAAUCCUAUAUAGAAGUACAUGUUUUUAUACUAUCACAAUGAUAGUAAAAUGCAUAUAUUGCUAAUAUCUGUUAUACCAUGUACUAGAACUGGCAGCCUUAUACUUAUUUGUUCUAACGUUACAUUAGAAUAUUACAUUUUUAUAUUGUUUCUUUCCAAUAUGUAUGUGACACAAAGUGUCCAUAAAUAACUUAAUAUAGGUAGUAAGCCUCUGUAGAUACAUUAACAUGAGCUACCUAUUACACAGAGGUAGAAAAUAAGCUGCAGGAAUUCAAAUCUGCCUUUUUCAUGCGAUGUCAACUGCUUUUGAAUUAUGAUGAAUCAGCCCUGAGCUGCUGCUCCAGGUCAAUCACAUAGACAUGGUGGAUAAUUAGCUAGAAUAUUUGGCAGCGAGGUGGUUAAAAUAGAGGGUGUGGGCCCCACUGCUUCUCAGGUGUCAGGGGAAAAACACACGCGACUGGUCAACAGAUACCGCCGGAGUCUGCGGGAGAAGAUAGGAAGGAGAGGAGAGGAGAGAAGAGGAGAGGAGAGAGGAAAAGAUAAGAAACAAAACCCAGAGGAAAGGGGACGUCUGGACAAAGUUAAUAUGAGGAUAGAAAGGAAAGGAAGCGAGGGAUGGGACAAGAAGAAGCUCAGUCACCAACCACAAGUCCAGUGAAACAAAUCUCCAAGAUGUCACUGAGUUCCAGGGGGCUACAGGUCGUCAGUGGGAUUCUCUAAACUGAUUUGAAGGACAGAAGGAGAAAGCGUCUCUCGGGUGUUAACAGCUGACUCACGGACAAAUAACAACAAGGAGAAUGAGAUGAUGACUGCUGGUGAUUUGUCCCGUAAGAGGUUGUGUGAUUUCAUCAGAGAAAUGAGGAUUUCCUCAGCGGCCAAAGGAGGACAUGGACCAGGAGCUUAGCUUCAUAUGAGGAACAAGUGGAUAAACUUCUGGUCUGACUUUAAGGUCGCGAGUGAGUGUCACCGCCACAUGUUCAUCCGUCUCUCUGCACAAAUAUGACACCAGAGAAGCGAAACCCCGCUGAUAAUUGAUGACACUGACCUGUGAGGUAUCUGCAAACCCAAGCUCCUGCAAGUGCUUCAUGGCCAUUUCCAUACAAACCAUUGAUCGGCGCCAUUUCUCAUCCUGAAGCCUCCCCUCUAACGGGCCGCAAUGCCCGAGCGAGUGAGCAGUUACCAGGGUCAAAGCUUUCACUCGCUGAGGCGGUCCUGCUUGCGUCGCGGCGCGCUCUUCAAGGACCCCCUGUUCCCCGCCACCGCACAGUCCCUCUUCUACAAGAGGGAGCCGCCGCCGGGACUGACCUGGAGGAGGCCGAGGGAGAUAUGUAAAGACCCCCGUCUGUUUGUUGAUGGCAUCAGCACUCGGGACCUGCACCAAGGCAGUCUGGGUAACUGCUGGAUGGUGGCAGCCAUUUCCUGCUUAGCAUCUGAGCCAUCGCUGUGGAAGAAGGUGAUCCCGGACCACGUGGGCCAGGACUGGAAUCCGAAGCAUCCCGACCAGUACGCGGGCAUCUUUCAUUUCCGGUUCUGGAGACUCGGCCGGUGGACGGACGUCGUUGUGGACGACCGCCUGCCGGUCAGCGCGGACGGAGUGCUGCUCUUCUGCCGCUCGGCCACACCACGGGAGUUUUGGAGCGCCCUGCUGGAGAAGGCCUACGCCAAGCUAAACGGUUGCUACGAGGCCCUGGAGGGAGGAAACACCACGGAGGCGCUAAUCGACUUCACCGGCGGGGUUUCGGAGCCCCUCAGCCUGGAUCGUGAGGCCCUGGGCCUGCACAGCCACCACAGGAGGGCGUUCUUCCAGACAUUGGCUAAGGCUCAUGAACGUAAAGCCCUCAUCACCUGCUCCAUACGGCCUGCAGAGGGGGAGGCCGUGGAGUCUGUGAUGGACUGCGGCCUGGUGCGAGGACACGCCUACGGGGUCACAGCGGUGAGGAAGGUGAGGCUGGGGGAGACGGUGCCGGGUUGGACGUCCCGACUCUUCAUGGUGCGCAUGAGGAACCCGUGGGGGACCACACACUGGACGGGUGCCUGGAGUCAGGGGUCGCAGCAGUGGCAAGAGAUGAGUCGCGCAGAGAGGGAGAAGACGGGCCUGACUGUCAGGGACGUCGGGGAGUUCUGGAUGGAUUUCGAGGAUUUCUGUCACUACUUCACCGACGUGGUGGUGUGCCGGCUGGUGGAGAGGGCUCUGCUGUGGCCCAGCUCACACUGGAGGGAAGUGCGUCGCUACGGGGAGUGGGCUCCAGCUCCGGCUACCACGGCAACGCCUCCAUCCGCCGUCCUCCGCGGCGACCCCUCGCUGAACCCCAAACCCGGAGUGACGGAGCAGCAAGGCAACCGGAAGGAGGCUAGACUCGGGGAGAGUCAGCAGAGGAAGGGAGGGGAGGGCGUGCGAGAGAAAAAGGCUGUGAAAAAGGCGGCAAAGGAAGACGGCGGCGGAGAGGCCGGAGGAUGGGAGGCACAGAUGGAUGAGAGGAGUCGAUGCGGAGGGUGCAUCAACCACAGAGACUCUUUCCUGCACAAUCCACAGUUCAUGUUCGAGGUGAAAGGCAAAGAGGAGGAGGUGCUGAUCUGUCUGCAGCAGGAGGACAGGAGGAUAUGGAGGAAAGACGGGGGAGGAGAAAACCUGCCUAUCGGCUUUGAGGUGCUAAAGGUGGAGGUGAACCGCUGCAGCCGGGUGCAGUGCGUGGUGGAGCAGGCGGCCAGCUCCGUCUACAUGGACUCCCGCAGUGUGACACUGAGGGGGACUCUGGCACCAGGGCGCUACGUCGUGCUGCCCACCACCUUCCUGCCGGGCGUCACAGGACGCUUCCUGCUACGCCUCUUCUGCCAUUCGCAAGUCAGACUCAGGGAAUUGAAGGAGGACUUGCCGUGCCCCUCCGUCUUCCACUGUUUCUUGCCUCAACCCACCGUGGUGACCACGGUCCACCUCCGCAGGGCUUCGGGACUCGGCCCCCCCAAACAGACAGCUCCAGAUGUUUAUGCCAUAGUGCGAUGUGAGAGUGACACCAUCCGGACGCGUGUUUUCAAGGCGGAGAGAAACCCGGAGUUCAACGUCAGAGCAGUUUUCUACAGGAGAUACCCCAGCGCACCCAUUUCCAUUGAGUUGUGGAGCAGAGUCCGGCUGUGGGACUGCGCGCUCGGCGAGGCUCGGCUCAUGACCACGGAGCCCGAGAGGAGCCGGAGCCACGUGAUCGACCUGCGAGGCGGCCGGUCCCGCUCAGGGUGCAGAGGGCGCGUCCACGUCGAGACGUCCUCCAGCGUCUGCCUCACGGACUUGUGAUUAACGCUGCGGGGUGGUUGCCCUGGUAACCGCUGUUCCCACCAGGGAGAAGUUUGAAGAAAAAGUCCAAAAGGUGCAUUUCACCGUUUACUGGGUACUGGGUGUGGAUCUGCUGGUCAGAGGUGAAGGUGCGCGUCCUUCACAACUUUAGCAGUGUAUCAAAAGUAAAUUUGAAUCUGCUGCCAAAAUAGCUUUGUCUGCUAUUAUAUUCAAUAUUAUGACUGUUGUCAUGUGUUUUCUUGCUGUUGUGUCACAUCAUUUUAACAAUUAUUUAUUCAAUGUGAAUUUAUAUAAUAACAUUUGAGCUAUGAAAACAUUUUCUUAUGAUUAAAUAAUUAACAUGUUGA